GCAGGCCGUCAUUUUCUCGGGAAACUGUCGGUGGGAAAUUCCAAGCGGAUUCAGUGCCUUCUCUCUCUCUCCCUGAGUAACGUGUCUUUAAACUUUCCAUUCUUCCUUCCAAGAGCACAGAACUCAAUUUCUCACUCUCUCUCUCUCUCUAUCUUCCUCUCAAACUAAAUCUUUCUUAACCUGAAUCAAAUCUGAGAGAGAGAGAAUGGGUGUGGACUUGAGGCAAGUGGUGGCUGCGGUUCUAACGUUGACCAUGUUCGUGAUGCUGGGAAACAUGAUUAAACGUGACCAUUUCGAUUCUGUUGAAGAAAAAUUUCCUGGCGGAGCAAGAGAUGUUGAUUUGGAUAUGGAUGAGGGUGCUGUUUCUAUUUCUAGAAAGAGUGGGGGGAUUUGGAAGGAGGAUGGGCAACAACUGAAACAAUGUUGGAAUAAGCCGAUUCAGGACGAUGUGGAGCUGACAGACGGGUUUGUCACUUUCUCAUUAACUAAUGGCCCUGAGUACCACGUCUCUCAGAUCACUGAUGCAGUUGUGGUGGCAAGAUAUCUUGGUGCAACUCUCGUGCUUCCUUACAUUAGAGGAAGCAAACCAGGUGACGAGAGGAGCUUUGGAGAUAUAUAUGAUGUUGAGAAGUUUAUAAAAAGUCUUGACGGGGUAGUUAGAGUGGCGAAAGAUCUGCCUGCUAAAAUAUCAAAACGAAAUCUUGCUGUUGUGAAAGUCCCUAAUCGGGUAACAGAAGAGUUCAUUGUAGAACACGUUGAACCAGUUUAUAAGCUAAAGGGCAACAUACGGCUGGCUACAUACUUCCCCUCAGUGAAUAUGAAGAAGUCGCCCAAAAAAGGUUCCAGUGAUUCAGUUGCGUGUUUGGCAAUGUUUGGAACUUUGCAGUUGCAACCAGAGAUUCAAGAAGUUGUUGACUCAAUGAUUGAGCGUCUAAGAACUUUGAGCCGAAAGACAGAUGGUCAAUUUAUAGCCGUGGACUUGAGAGUUGAUAUGUUGGAGAAGAAGAAUUGCCAUGAAAAUGGUGAUGCUGGGACAAGAAGUUGUUACAAUGCACAAGAGGUUGCUGCUUUUUUGAGGAAGAUGGGAUUUGACAAGGAUACCCCCGUGUAUUUGACUGAAUCAAGGUGGCAAAGCAGCCUUGAUACUCUCAAGGAUCUCUUCCCUAAAACAUAUACAAAGGAAAGCAUAAUGCCUGCAGAUAAAAGGACAAAGUUCUUAGAUUCAGAAGGUUCUGAAUAUGAAAAGGUUAUUGACUUCUAUGUAUGUUCUGAGAGUGAUGUUUUUGUACCAGCCAUCUCUGGUCUGUUCUAUUCCAACGUGGCUGGUAAGAGAAUUGUUGCCGGUCGGACUCAAAUACUUGUUCCAGCCAAUAUUCGCGAGUCCUCUGCGUCUGCUUCUGGAUUCAUUACUCCCUAUGUGUCCAAGAAGAACCACUUGGCCUAUUCAUGCUUUUGCUAGUCUCAUUGUGAAGAAACCCGAAGAAAGCGAUGGGACAGAUGCAUUUAAGCUGUCAAAGAACCUUUUACAUUAAUCAACCUUUUGCGAGUAGGCUGAUUGACUAGUCAAUAUCAUUUAUUGGUAAUUUGGUUUGCAAUACUCUUAAACAGAAGUUUAUGAAAUAUUGUAGUUUCUUAAAA